AUGAGCAACGAGGAAGGUCGUGCAGAGGAAGACUUGCAUCCAGAUGUUGCGGAGCUAUACAUCAUGAUGGAUAAGCUGGGUGAGGGCACCUACGGCACCGUGACCCGCGCGCGGCCUAGGGACAACCCGCACGAGGAGGUGGCCAUCAAGCGCAUCCGGCUGCUGCAUGAGGACGGCGUCCCGGCCGUGGCUCUCCGGGAGAUUGCCUUGCUGAAGUCUCUGAACCACGAGAACGUAAUCAGGCUCCUGGACGUGUGCAACAGCUGGUCGAGUAUUUACUUGGUCUUCGAAUGCUUGGACAUGGAUCUGCGCGCCUACCUCAAGCGCUUCGGCCGGCUUGAGGGUUCCGCACUGAGGCGAAGCACUCAAAGACACCCUUCCAAUGGCGUGGCUCAAGCAUUUGAGAAGGGCGGCGGUCUUGCUGUUUAA